AUGAAUAAUUCCACAGUAGAAUAUGAGACAAGUAAUCUGUACUCUGUUGGUCUACGAAUAUUGUUGGAGACAUUUCGAACUUUCGGAGCAAUAAAUGAGGGUCCCUUGUGGGCGAUUUUCAAUUUUCAAUUUUUUUUUUCCCGGUGUCUGAUAACAGCAAAAAGACAGCAAAAUCUAUUCUCCCCCUUCAUUCUCAUGAUUAUACUCGGUGACUCCCUAGCUACUCCGUACAUGGCAUAUGUAAGGCUUGCAACUGCUGGUCGGCUACAUGCAUAUGCCUGUCUCCUCAACUGGGGACCGCAAGAAGAAAACAAGAACCCCAUGACCAUCGUAUUGCAAUUUCCUUUUGAUAGCCUUUGUUUGUAG